GUGGCAAUCACACGCUGAUUUUUCUCGACCAACCAUAAAGAUAUUGGCACUCUUUACCUAGUCUUUGGUGCCUGAGCCGGAAUAGUAGGAACUGCGCUAAGCCUCCUUAUCCGGGCCGAGCUAAGCCAACCUGGCGCUCUCCUCGGGGACGACCAGAUUUAUAAUGUAAUCGUCACGGCUCAUGCCUUUGUAAUAAUUUUCUUUAUAGUAAUACCAAUUAUGAUUGGAGGCUUUGGAAACUGGCUUAUCCCCCUAAUAAUUGGGGCCCCCGAUAUAGCCUUCCCCCGAAUAAAUAACAUAAGCUUCUGACUUCUCCCCCCAUCGUUCCUUCUUCUGCUUGCCUCCUCCGGCGUAGAAGCCGGGGCCGGAACAGGAUGAACUGUCUAUCCCCCCCUUUCCGGCAACCUAGCCCAUGCGGGUGCCUCAGUGGACCUAACAAUCUUUUCUCUACACUUGGCGGGAGUUUCUUCAAUUCUUGGGGCAAUCAACUUCAUCACCACAAUCAUUAAUAUGAAACCCCCCGCCAUCUCCCAAUAUCAAACGCCCCUAUUUGUUUGAGCAGUUCUUAUUACGGCCGUCCUACUACUCCUUUCCCUUCCCGUUCUUGCCGCAGGCAUCACCAUGCUCCUUACCGACCGGAACCUAAACACCACCUUCUUUGACCCAGCUGGGGGAGGGGACCCGAUUCUUUACCAACACUUAUUCUGAUUCUUUGGGCACCCCGAAGUCUACAUCCUUAUCCUCCCAGGAUUCGGCAUAAUCUCGCACAUUGUUGCCUAUUACUCUGGUAAAAAAGAACCCUUCGGCUACAUGGGCAUGGUGUGAGCCAUGAUAGCAAUCGGACUACUUGGGUUUAUUGUUUGAGCCCACCACAUGUUCACUGUAGGGAUGGAUGUUGACACACGUGCCUACUUCACAUCCGCUACAAUGAUUAUUGCCAUCCCCACAGGUGUAAAAGUGUUUAGCUGACUUGCUACUCUUCAUGGGGGGUCAAUUAAAUGAGAAACCCCCCUCCUUUGGGCCCUGGGGUUUAUUUUUCUAUUUACAGUGGGGGGACUAACUGGGAUCGUCUUAGCCAACUCGUCUCUUGAUAUUGUCUUGCACGAUACAUACUACGUAGUUGCCCACUUCCAUUACGUCUUAUCUAUAGGAGCUGUAUUUGCAAUUGUCGCCGCCUUUGUACACUGAUUCCCCCUCUUUUCGGGCUACACCCUCCACAGCACCUGAACUAAAAUCCACUUUGGGGUAAUGUUCGUGGGUGUAAACCUAACCUUCUUUCCUCAGCACUUCCUAGGCCUAGCCGGAAUGCCUCGCCGUUACUCAGAUUACCCGGACGCAUAUACCCUGUGAAAUACAAUUUCAUCAAUUGGCUCAUUAGUGUCCCUAGUAGCUGUAAUCAUAUUCUUAUUCAUUAUCUGGGAAGCCUUUGCUGCAAAACGAGAAGUUUCAGCAGUAGAACUAACACUCACUAACGUGGAGUGACUCCACGGGUGCCCUCCCCCAUACCACACCUUUGAAGAGCCUGCGUUCGUUCAAAUUCAACAGACUUCCCCCAUUUAUACCUCCCCCUAG